AUGUCGUACCGUGUUGCUGCUCGUCGGGUGCCCGUGCUCGCCCUUGCGCGACCCACCGUCGCACCCCGCCCGGCUGCCAUCGCCGCCAUCCGACUCUACAGCGACAAGCCCUCGCCCGAGGCACGCGCCAGCUCCAUCCUCGACUCUCUGCCUGGCAACUCGCUCGUUAGCAAGACCGGCUGGGUCACCCUCGGCACCGGUCUCACCGCCGUCGCUAUCAGCAAGGAGAUCUACGUCGCCAACGAGGAGACUGUCAUCCUCGUCGGCUCGCUCAUUUUCGCUGUCCUCGUCGGUCGCGCCAUCACCGGCCCUUACAAGGAGUGGGCCGACGGCCAGAUUGAGAAAAUCUCGAAAAUCCUCAACGGCGCGCGCGCCAAGCACACGGAGGCGGUCCAGGCACGAAUCUCGUCAGUAGAGCAGCAGAAGGACGUGGUGGGCUUGACCCAGGCGCUCUACUCGGUGGCCAAGGAAACCGCACAGACCGAGAAGGAGGUGUUUGAGUUGCGACAAAAGACGGCGCUGGCCUCGGAGGUCAAGAGCGUUUUGGACUCGUGGGUGCGCUUCGAGGCGAGCGAGCGCGAGCAGGAGCAGCGCGAAUUGGCCGCCAGCGUCAUCAAGAAGGUGCAGGACUCGCUCAAGGACGACAAGCUCCAGAAGCAGAUCCUGGACAACGCCGUUGCUGAGAUCGAGAACCUGGUGAAGAGCAAGGCCAUCUAA